AUGUCUCCUUAUCCAAAAGUCGACUGCCACUCUCACUAUUUACCAACCGAAUAUCGCAAGGCACUCGCAGAAAAUGGCCACAAGAACCCUGACGGGAUGCCAGCGAUCCCGGAAUGGAGCGAAGAGAGUCAUCUCGCAAUGAUGAAAUCCAUCAACGUGACAAAAUCAGUCCUUAGCAUCAGCACGCCCGGAGUCCACCUCAAGGCCGGGGACGACGCACUGGCCCGAAAGCUUGCCAGACACGUCAACGAGGUCGCGGCAGAUCUGAAGAAACGAAUGCCUGACCAGUUUGGCUUCUUUGCUUCUCUGCCUCUGCCGGACGUGGAGGGCACCCUGCAAGAGAUCUCUCAUGCCAUGGAUCACCUCAACGCGGACGGGUUUGUGGUGCUCACCAACUUCCACGGGACCUAUCUCGGACACAAGGAUCUUGAUGCCGUUUUCGAUGAGCUGAAUCGGAGGAAAGCCGUCGUCUUCAUACAUCCCACCACGCCGUGCUUGUCGUCGGGGACUGCGGCGACGCCACUCCCUCAGUUCCCCCGACCAAUGUUUGAGUUCUUGUUCGACAGUGCUCGCGCCGUCAUCAACCUGUUCCUGACCGGCACCGUGAAGCGAUGCCCCCACAUCACCUUCCACAUGUCACACGUCGGCGGAGCAUUUCCACCCCUGAUCAACCGGUUCUCGAGCGUGGCCGAGAUUAUGAAGCUGGGGGGUUCCGCCAACGAGGUCUCUCCGGCGUGGGUCAAGGAGCGGCUCAACACGCAGUUCUACUUCGACACGGCGGGUUGGGCGUUUCCGGAGCAGGCCAAGGGCUUGUUGGAGUACGUCACCGUCGACAGGAUGCUGUUCGGGAGCGACUUCCCAUAUACCCCCUUGCCGGUAGUUCAGGCCUUGUCCAAGCAGCACGAUGAAUAUCUGCCACAGGUGUUUGCCAGCGACGAGGACAAGGAGAAACUGUGUAGCAAGAACGCUCUGCAGCUCUUCAAUAAAGUUUCCAGCAAGCUUUCUUGA